AUGGAGUAUGUAAAUCAUGGAACUGGCACCGAUGGUUGUGAUGGACUUCCCAAAGUUACUCAAGCUCUUGUUUUUAUGCUUGCAGCCAUAAACUCAAAUUGGAAAGUACCAGUUGUGCACAAAAUUGGAGUCCAAGUUAGAACUCUAACAUUUGAUGGGACGGUAUCUAAUUUUUCUAUGGCAAAGUAUUUAGGAGUUGAUUUAUCUAUGCCUUAUCCCAAACCUUUUUUUAAGCAUGAAUCUGGAAUAGUAGUAUAUAUUUUAUUAGAUGCCGCUCACAUGCUUAAACUAUGUCGAAAUACAUUGGGUGACUGGAAAACUCUAUAUGACGAGAGCAUGAAACCAAUAAAGUGGUCAUUUUUUCAAAAUUUGGUUUCUAUACAGGAAGAAAUUGGUCUUCAUGUGGGAACAAAAAUCCGCACCAGACACAUUAGGUAUCAUAAAGAAAAAAUGAAAGUGCGUUGA